UAAUACUUUCAACACUACUAUAUAACAAAUAAUUUGAGGCUAGUGAUGUCCAAAGGUAGCAAGAUAGUUGUUAAAGACUACCUUGAUAGGGAUGAGUUCGACCUCAGUCUGCAAAGUCUGACAAACUCUACCCUCCCUGUCAAGGAUCUUGCAGCCAACAAGAAAGGGAAAAAGCUGGAUCUCUCUAAAAACCAGAUUACAGUUCUGCCAGAUAAUUUUGUGUUUUCAAUGGGUCACCUUGUCAAGUUAGAUCUGUCUGCUAACGGAUUGAGAGUACUUCCAGACAACUUUGGUAACUUGGCUCUACUGCAACACUUAGAUUUGUUCAACAACAAACUGACUGUCCUUCCUGUCGGCUUCUACAAAUUGAAACUGUUAAAGUGGUUGGAUGUGAAGGAGAACCCACUGGAGUAUCCUGUACAAGAGGUAGUGGGGCUGUGUAGGAACGACACCGAGUGUAAAACUUGUGCUCUCCAGGUUUCAGAUUUUAUGAAGAAGGAAAAUGCUGAACAAGAAAAGAAAAAACAAAAAGAGCUCGAGCUGAAAAGAGCAAAAAAAGAAGCGUUAAAGAGGGAGCUAGAGAGAUUGGAAGAGUUGGAGAAUGAGGAGAAGAAGAGGAUAAGGCAGGAGGGCAAAGCUAAGGAGAAGGCCAAGAGAAGGGCUGAGUUCGAAAAGAAGCAGAGCCAGGAGCAGAUCAAGGAAGAGUCCCAGAAGUGUACUCCCCCUACGAUAGCAGUUAAACACAGUUCUAGAAGUCUCCCCGACCUGAACAGGAUCUGUCUUAUGUCAGCUCUGGUUCUAUUUGUGGUAGCUGUAACUCUUGCUCUCCUCGUGAAACCGGAUUUUGGGGACCAAUACGUCGGUUUAACAACGGUAACGGCGGACGUUUUAAAGUCAGUGGGAGAUGCGUUUAGUCCGGUAGCAACAACACUCAACACUCACCUCCUCACACAUGCUCCUAAUAUUCAGAAGUCUAUCGUUUCAACAGGAGAAUUGCUCAGAGAAAUGCUGGAGAUAUGUGGAGAUACCGUGAAGCUAGGAUACGAGCUUGCUAUUCAGGAACUCUCACAAUUCUCAACUUAUAUUCAGAAAACCAGUUCUUAGGACCCUCGUCAACCCAUCAUUGACAAGGUCAUAGCUAUACUACUACUACUUGUACCGCAAAAUGAGAUAGGUGCAUCUUAAGUUAUUUGGGAUUUUUUGCGUAGCGUUUCAGAUAUGAUAAACUUUUUAGUUUUAAAGUUUUUGAUAAUAUUUAUGAUUUUAAGUGUUGUAACUUGCUAUAAUGUUAGAAUUGUAUUAUCAAUGCAACUUUAAAUCAUAUUUACUUUUUUUGGCUUGAUUUUGAGAAUAUUGAGUCUACGUUGACGAAAAAAAAAUUGGUAAAUUAAAAAUCAGAACAUUAAUUGAAAUAUAACGGUUAAAUUGUCAAUAUAUCGCUAAUAAUAACAGUUUACAAAACUAUAUCGUCUAAAUUAAUACUAAUUCCUGUCCAUGCAUAAAUCAAAACUCGGGUUCACGCUCUUUACACUAUUACAAAAAUCCAGCGUUCUUAAAUCCUAAUCUUCGUCCAACUAUGGUCCAAUAUUGGAAAUUGGUGAGCCAUCACGAUGACACAAUAAUGCAUAUAUUAUGUAUUAUUUGCAUAAUAAUGCAUAUAUUAUGCAUAAUAAUGCAUAUAUUAUGUAUUAUUCGGACCGAAUGUUCAAUUAAUAGCAGUAUCUUUUACCGCUCCUACUAUACUAGCCUAUC